CUUGGUAGAAAAAGAGGGGCAGAUAGCAGUCUGCUCGAUUAAGGCUCCUGAGAAGAGGAGAGAAGAGGAGAGGGUAAGGAAAUUACCCAAGUUCACGUUUCUUCUGGGACUCUCAUAUUGUUUCUUAUUUCGAGCUAUAUUGUUGACACACACAAAACUCUCGACUUAGUCCAACUCCUGCAGGCUACAGCAGAUUAAUUCUGUAAAAAAUCCUCUUUUCUUACACGCAACCCACAAUCAAAACGCCCCUUUGAUUUUCUUCCUCCGUCUUCUUUGAUUACUCCCUCUACCUUCGACUUCUCAAAUUUCGCUUGUGUUUAUACGGAUUGCCUUCGAGCUAUUUGUCGUCAUUUGAAUUCUUUGAUUCACCGCUGUUCUUUGGCCGAUAUUUGUCUCUCCCUAUCAUCCAAAGUAGUAAUUUCGACUUGGGUUUGUGUUCUCUCCAUCUGCUUUGUCCCCUUCAUUGAUGCUUUUUUGAAGGGAAUGGACAUGCUGUAUCUGCCCACUGUCCAUCUUACUGAAUGAUGCUCAGUGGAAGAAAGGGUACAGAUAAUGUUGGAAUUUUUAGAUGGAAAGCCCGUGGUGAAUCAUCUUUAACAUCUGCUUUGCUUAAGGAUGUGCCACCAGAGAUUGAACUAUCCUUCUUUGGAAGAGAGCCAAGUCCUGGUAGUGAGAGCCCUACUGGGCUUCUUAGUGGGGAGCGUUUAAAUGUGGAACCAAUAGCUGACUUGGACCUAUUCUUUGAAAGGCUCUAUAGCUAUUACUGUGACAAAGGGCUUUGGUGCAUCAUAACAAAGUGGAUAGUAGAGCUUCUGAGUCUUGGCUUUACCAUAUGUUUCUCAGCAUUUUUCUUAUUAUAUGUUGAUUGGAAUGGUCUCCGUAAUGCCAAGUGUGGGAUGGAUGCAGUAGAGUCUGGAACUAAACCAUGUGAUCUUGCCAAGGAAGCUCUUCACGAGCAUCCCUUACACCACAUUACUCUUUCUAAAGCUAUCAUCCUUGGAUAUUUAGGCAUAUUUUCUGUUUAUUGGGUCUUCUGCUUUUUGAGGUUUUUUGCACAGCUUAAGGACAUUUUAGGUAUCCGCCACUUUUAUUACAACAGGUUUNNNAUAUCUGACAAUGAAAUCAAAACUAUGCCAUGGGCAACAAUUCUUGAGAAAGUUGUUGAGCUUCAAAGUACUUGUCAGCUUUGUGUGGCUAAGGAUCUUUCUGCUCAUGAUGUGAUCAUGCGCUUGAUGCGGAAAGAGAACUACCUGAUUGGAAUGCUUAACAAAGGAGUUCUUGCUUUUCCAAUCUCCAAGUGGGUUCCAGGUGCUGGCCCGGCUGUGAAAUUUGACUCUUCUGGCAAGCAUUAUCGACUAACAUUGACAAAAAGUCUUGAAUGGACCUUAAAUUGGUGCAUACUACAGAGCAUGUUCGAUCGUAAUUACUGUGUUAGAAGGGAGUUCAUAUCCAAUCCUAGAACAUUAAAGAAAAGGCUUACGGUAGUUGGAGUAGUGAUGCUCCUGCUUUCUCCAUUUCUUGUCAUAUUCAUGUUGGUAUACCUCUUUUUGAGGCAUGCUGAACAGUUCUAUAACCACCCAAGUACAGCAUCAUCCCGAAGGUGGUCAAAUUUAUCAAAGUGGAUUUUUAGGGAGUUUAAUGAGGUCGAGCAUUUGUUCAAGCACCGGAUCAAUAGCAGUGUGCUUCAUGCUUCAGAGUAUCUACAGCAAUUUCCCACUCCUAUUAUUUCGAUAAUUGCAAAGUUUAUCUCAUUUGUAUUUGGUGGCUUUGCUGCAAUUCUGAUCAUCAUUGCUUUUCUGGAGGAAUCUUUACUGGAGGGCCAUAUUUUUGGUCGCAACCUCCUCUGGUAUGCUGCUGUUUUUGGAACUAUUACUGCUAUUAGUCGGGCAGCAGUUACAGAUGAGAUUUUAAUUCUAGAUCCUGAGGGGGCAAUGUCUAUGGUUGUUCAGCAUACUCAUUAUAUGCCAAAGAGAUGGCGCGGCAAAGAAAAUUCUGAGGUUGUCCGACUAGAAUUCGAAACCCUUUUCCAGUACACAGGAAUGAUGUUGCUUGAGGAGAUGGUCUCCAUUUUUCUCACCCCAUUCUUGCUCGUGUUCGUUGUUCCAGAGAGGGUGGAUGAUAUUUUGCAGUUUAUUGCAGACUUCACAGUGCAUAUUGAAGGUGUUGGUCAUGUUUGCAGUUUCAGUGCCUUCGACUUCCAAAAACAUGGAAAUAGCAGUUAUGGGUCGCCACAUAAUUCACCAGGCGCUGAGAGGAGCUCCCAGGGGAAAAUGGAGAAAUCAUUCUUAAGUUUCUGUAGUAACUAUCCUGCAUGGGAACCAAAUGCUCAGGGAAAGCAGUUCCUGUCAAAUCUACGAACUUUUAGGAAAAAAAUGUUGCAGCAACGGGGACAUGUAUAUCAGCCACAUGAAAUGUUUCAAGGAAGUCGCAAUUUGGUCGGUCAUCGAGACAGGAGUGGGAUAUUUCCGAGGGAUCUACCCCGCCCGAAUUCGGGAACUGCUAAUUGGAUGGAUUUUCUAUGGCUAGAUGAACAUCAAAGAAACUUCCCUUACCUACUUGAUCAUUAUUAUACAAAUGCACCACAAAAUGUAGCCAAUGACUCAGGAAAGAUCCCUGAAGAACCAUCUGAACAUAUAGAGCAGAACUCCAGAGAAUAUUGGAUGCCACCCAGCUUCACUCGAGGAGAAGGAAGAUAUGAAGACUACUGGAAAGAAGACCAUCAUGAGGAUCGAUCACAGACUCAUCUUGGGGCAUCCACAUCGGCUCCCAUCCUUCGCGAAAGCAUAUUUCAGCAUCAAGGUUUCAACAGUGUAAAUCCUACCAUUAAUGGCCAGUGGUGGGCUAGAAAUGUCGAAUCUCGUGCACAAUCCCAAACAAGUUUCAUGGAGCCACCUGAUUUCAACAGGUACACUAGUAUGAAGAAUCACUAUGAUAAUGUCUCAGAAAGAAGCUCAGAGGAGCAACAACACAUGGAGUGGAGUGAAUUCGGAAAGUUGUCCCGAGUCACCGACCUGGAAGACAUAGAGACUGGAGAAUUGGAUCUUCAUUUUGGAGAUGUGUACAGUGGAACUCCAGAAACUCCAAGACCUGAACCCACAGACUUUUGAGUAAUUGCUAAUAAUUUAUGUGGUGGCUUUGCUUUAUAACAUGGGAUGGCAUGCUGAUUUUCUGGGUUCUUUUAUGUUUCUGUCAACUCUAUAGCCAAGAUCCUUAAAUUCUUUUCUUGUACAUAAAUUCAUCGAACAGAUUCUAAGUAGGCUUCUGUUUGGUUUGAAGCCUCCUGGAACCAUGGGAAGGUGUAAGUAAUGGCACAUUCAAGAUAUUAAUGACACUCAAUUCAUUCUUCCAUGACGCCCAUGGCUUCUGUUUGAAGGUGAAAGGGGUAUUUUCUUUU